AUGCCAUUUAUGGGUCGUGAUUGGCGUGCGCCCGGCGAGAAAUGGGUGCGCACACCGCACACAAACGGCUGGGAACGGACGAAACUGCGACCGGUACAGGUGAGUCGAACCGGAUGCAAAAGGAUAAUUCCGUUGCGGGGAAUCGAACCCCGGCCUUAUGGGUGAGAGCCAUAAAUCCUAACCACUAGACCACAACGGACACAUUUGCUGCGGGCGGCGGAGGGCAGUGAGAAUAGCGCGAACGCAGGCUGCCGGCCGGCCGGCCGACCGAGAGACGAGGCGAAACUAGUGAAAUUCGGGGCGCUUCUUUGUUUGUGUGCUCCGUGCACGGGCUUCGCCGGCUCAUAUUACACACAUAUACAUGCGCAUCUGCUCGGCGCACUGCAAAAUGUGAUGCGAGUUUGGCGGGAAAGGCGACAACUUUUCGUAAAAUUUUGGAGGGAAAAUGCGGAAAAACUUGUCGCCGCACGCAAAAAGUCGUCAAAUUUGAUCGCAAAUUCGCAAAUUUCUGAGAUUGUGAGAAAAAUUUUCUAGUUUUUCUGCAAAAUGCCGUCGAAUCUGGUGUAAAGCGCUCAAUUCUCGUUUUGUAACUGAAAAACACUAGAAUUGCGUACCGGACACCGAAUCCGACGACAAAACACGGUUUGGCCCCCGGAAAAUUCGAUUCCGCUCUCGAUUUUUAACGCUGAAACCGAAAAAGCCACUGAAAUUGCAUUCAGAUCUCGUCGGAACCGAUUCUCAUCCCGCAGACCUCGUCGAGUCCCACACUUUUGAGCACCUCGUCGCCCAAAUUCACGCUGGACCCGGUUUCGUCGGUUCCCAAGUUCGGCCUGUACGAUUCGGAGCAGAACAGUUCGUGCGGGUCGCUUCCCGGCUCGGCGACCGACCGAUGCACCUCUUCGUCCAGCGACGAUUCCGGUACGUUUUAUUUUCUGAAAAGACCAUCGGUCAGUCCACUUUACAAAAAAGUGUGACUGACUGGCGAGAGAGAGAGAGCACAAAAAACAUCAGCUGAUGAGUGAAAAGAGCACAAACAUAGUGCUCCGCGGAGCAAUCACGACCCGCUGAGAUACGUCAUGUGAAGAUUGUGAGAACACUUUUUGGGGACCUUUUAGCAGCCAUACAAUAGCGCGAGAAUUGAAAAAAGACGUUCAAACUUUGAACGAGUACUGUAGAUUUUGUGGAAGAGGUACCAAGUUUUUCUUUUUAAUCCGACCACUCCUAAGAGUACUGUGGCUCUUCAAAGUUUGGAUUGAUUUACAUGCGUUUGAGGAGCCCUAACUUUCAAAAACUACAGUAUCUUUUGGAGUGAUCGUAGAGAAAAAUGAUGGACUAGACGUCAAGUGUUUGCAAAACAUUUCUGAAAACGAUACCACAACUGGAAAGUCUACAAUACCCGUGUAAAGUUGAUGCAAUGGCCUUCCGUACGUUCAAACCGAUAUAUCUCAGCGGUCUUUGGAGACAUCAAAAAGUUGUCAACUAACAAAUUGCUUAUCAGAACAUGGUGUACAUUUUAUCAGUUGACAACUUUUUGAUAUCUGAACCGACAGCAGAAAUAUAUCGAUUUGAAUGCUCCACACCUCCUUCCUAAUCCUGAUCCGUCCAAAUCCUGUCCUUCAAGCCGCUCUGAUGAUUAUAAUUGAGUGCUUCCGUGUGCGGAUUCAUGAAACAUUCAUUAACAGGACGCUUCCGCUCGCACUCUCAUUUCCGACGAUUACGAGAGAGGAAGCGAAAUAGAAUGAGAAGCGAGGAGAAUCAGAGAGACAUUCUCAUUUGCACCUGCCUACCUUUGAACGGAUUUGCGCGAGACGGCUAUUUAGUAAUGUUAUUAUGAAUGCGCGCAUUUGUUUUGUCGUCUACGUCUCUUCGGAAAUGAACUGAGAGACAAGGAUUGGCCUAGAAAUGGAGAGGAUUUGGAGGGAGAAAUCAGACAUUCAAUGGAACAUUUUUGAAAGGGACCAACGGGCAACGUGCAUUCAGGACAUCAUAUCUCGGUUGUCGGUGGAGAUAUCGAAAAGCGAUCAACUAGCGUAUUGUUCAUUAAAACAUUAUGCACAUUUUGUCAGUUGACCACUUUUCUGUAUCUCUACCCGCUGCAGCGAUAAAUCGUUUUUGUGGGUGCCCGGCAGAGUUGAGCGCAAAAACUCACGGACGAAUUUUUAUCUUUUUUAGAAAUUUUUUUCAUGACAUUUGAUCAACUGACGAAAUGUAUAGCAAAAUGAACUCUGCUCAUGGAAAAAUAAUUGUAAUUUUAGCUUUUCAUACAAAAAAGUUAUUGAGCUAACGGGGAAGAUGGAAGGACAUUUUCACGCAACAACUCGAAUAUAACUUUUUUGUAUGAAAAGUUAAAUUCACAAAUAUUUUUCUAUGAGCCCAGUUUACUUUGCUACACAUUUCGUCAGUUGAUCACAUUCCAUGAAAAAAUUUUCUAAAAAAGAUAAAAAAAAUUCUUCCGUGUGAGGUUCUAGUAAUUUCUGGAAAACGCAUAAUUUUGCACAGAUUCCAAUGAGACCGCCUGGAUUCCACAUUGCUUCGUCAAGAGCACGUCGAAGGAGUUCAUCGGCUGCACAAGCAUGUCCGAAGCGUUCCAUCGUUUGGACCUGGCUCGAGCGGUCAACGACGUCCGCCGCUUCAACUUCAUCUGCAAGGUACACUGUUCUGUUCUGUUGUUGUUGUACCAAUAAUCAUGCGAACAUUGGUUAAGGUAGUCCAAAUUUUGGUGGAAGAGAAGCUGCCAAACUUGUCGGCGACCGCCCGCAAAUCACUUUUGGGCAUUCUCAGUGCGAUUUGCUUUCGCUCUUCGAAUGAGGACGUGCACGUGUCCACCGCUAAGGACCUCGUCAAACAGGUACAUGAUCAGUGUGCGUUACCGAAAGGGUUUCGGUAAAUUUACCGGUAAAAAUUUCGGUAAAUUGUCGGUAAAUUUUCGGUAAAACUUUUUUUACCGAAAGAGUUUCGGUAAAUUUUCGAAACAAUUUACCGAAAAUUUACCGAAAAUUUACCGAAAAUUUACCGAAAAUUUACCGAAAAUUUACCGAAAAUUUACCGAAAAUUUACCGAAAAUUUACCAAAAAUUUACCGAAAAAUUACCGAAAAUUUACCAAAAAUUUACCGAAAAUUUACCGAAAAUUUACCGAAAAUUUACCGAAAAUUUACCGAAAAUUUACCGAUAAAUUUACCGAUAAAUUUUCGAAACAAAUUACCGAAAAUUUACCGAAAAUUUACCGAUAAAUUUACCGGUAAAUUUACCGAAACUAUUUCGGUAAAAGUUUCGGUAAAUUUUAUCGGUAAAUGGGUACUUUUUCGAAACAAUUUUCAAUUUUGAGAACGGAACAUAGAGGCGACUGUUCAGCGUGUUCCUGAUGUUUGGGAUCAGGGGUGUGCGGAAAAUUUUUUUCGGAAAAUUGCGGAAAAUCGGUUUUUCCGAAUUUUUUUUUUCGGAAAAUUUCGGAAAAUCGGGUUUUCCGAAUUUUUUUUUUCGGAAAAUUUCGGAAAAAUCGGAAAAAUCGGAAAACUCACUUGUUCAUUGGUUCAAUAAAGUGUUUAAACAACGUUCUAAUACAAAAAAAUGCUUAUUAUGAUUUGAAAUCACUUGAGUGGGCGGAAGCCAAGCAAUGGAAUAUUUUUUUGCAAAAAAAUUAGCCGAGAGAAGCUCUCCGGGUCCAGUGUUUUCCGAUUGUCAGUGAGAAUGAGACGCGCGGUUGAAAAGAGUCGCUCCGUUUCUGCAGUCGCUGCUAGACCCUUCCAAAAAUUUUGUGAUGCGCCUUUAAAAAGCAUACGGUGGUUUCGGACAAAUUGACCUUGAAUCCACACUAAUUUUCCGAAAAUUUUGCCGAAAAUUUUCGGAAAAUCGGAAAAUUUCGGAAAAUCGAAAUAUUUUCCGCACACCCCUGUUUGGGAUGUUGUUCAGACUGUUCUAAAUUGGUCACAUCAGUCACUUCCCUUGUCAAAAAAAAGAACGCCGGUGCCGCGCCUUUUCGGUAUCGACGGCACCGCUCGGCGCCUCAAUUUUUCUGUUUUCUUUUAACGAACAGUUUAUUUUCGAAUGAGGAACUGUGGGGACACAUUAAAUGCGAAACUCGUUGCAUAGCAUUAUAAAAAAUUUGAUUGAAAAAAUUGAAAAAAUUUGAAAAAAAAAAUUAUAAAAAAUUUUUAAAAAAAAAUUGAAAAAAAAUCAAAAUUGUUCUUUCGGUAAUUGUCGAAAGGAACGAUUUACCGGUAAAUUUUCGAAACAAUUUACCGAAAAUUAACCGAAAAUUUACCGAAAUUCACUUCUUUCGGUAAAAAAAAUUUCGGUAAGGCACACUGUACAUGAUAGACCCCAUUUUUAGAGGUUACGGUAACCUUAUUGCAGUUUGGAAACGGGCUGGACGGAGUUCACGUGUGCGGAUCGCCGCAAUUGAUCUCAAAACAUCAUCAGACCGCCUCGUACCUCCUCGAUUUGAUCUCCGACAAUAAUGUGCGGACGGCGGCGGACGCCGACGACGAGACCGCGCUCACCUUCUUCGAUUUGCCCCGAGAGGUAGGAGACACACGAAAAAUCGCGAAAAAUCAUCGCGAAAGUUUGCAGGUGGUGCUUCUGAUUCUCCGACGUCUUCCGGACCACAAAUCGCUGCAGGAGACUGCCCAAGUGCACGAAUGUCUCCAGGAAAUGAUCGACGGCGAGGACAAACUGUGGGCGGGCCUGUGCACCUUCCACUUCCAGGACUAUCAGAUUGCGAAACAGAAGACGCCGCGCAAAUCGUGGCGCCAGGCGUUCUUCGACCUGAAAAAGUAUCACGGGUGCCGCGAGCUCUACGCCGACCUCAUCCACAUUUGCUGCCACUGCAAAGCGCUCUUCUGGAAGAGUCUCGGACAUCCGUGCGUCCGCGAGGAGUCCGCCGCGCCCUCGGUCCGAGUCACUCCGCGACAGUUUGUCGACAUGCUCAUCUAUUUGUAA